AAAGGAACUAAUUACGGACGGGACGCGGCUCAGCCGCUGAGAUAAUCUAUCAUAUAAAUUACCAAGAAAACAACAUUUGACAACAGUUCAUGCUGCACCAAAAUAAAGCUCUCGUCCAAACGAUUUCUGUUUCUAUGUGAAACUAGUGAUUCUUCCGAAGAUGCCACCAAAUCAAAACCCACUAUCAUGCGAGCAGCCGCUGAAAAUUGCCAUCAUCGGCCAGAGCCCUUUUGCGGUCGAUGUAAUGCAGAAAUUGAAACAAAGAGGACACAUCAUCGUAGGGGUUUUCACUAUACUUGAUAAAGGAAGAAGACAAGAUCCUCUUGCCAAGGCAGCUGAAGAGGAUGACAUCCCAGUAUUUAAAAUCAAAGCAUGGAGGAAGGCCGGAAAACCCCUUCCCGAAAUUCUCGACAUGUACAAAAGCGUCAAUGCAGACCUCAAUGUGCUUCCCUAUUGUUCACAAUUCAUUCCUAUGGAGGUCAUCAACUACCCCAGGUUGAAAACAAUCUGCUACCACCCUUCGAUGCUACCCAGACAUAGAGGAGCUAGCUCGAUAAAUUGGACCUUGAUCUGUGGAGACAAAAAGGCCGGUCUAACCAUCUUCUGGGCUGAUGAUGGGCUGGACACAGGUCCAAUACUUCUCCAAGAAGAGUGUGACGUUCUUGAAGAUGACACCGUAGACACCCUUUACAGGAGGUUUCUGUACCCUGUAGGUGUCUCUGCAGUCGCACGUGCUGUUGACAUGGUAGCAGACGGCAGUGCCCCCAAGAGACCACAGAGCGAAAAAGGGGCUACUUAUGAUCCGAUGCUUAAUAAGAAAGAGUUGCAAAAGAUUGAUUGGUCAAAAUCGGCAGUUGAAUUGCACAACUUCAUUCGAGGAAUGGAUUCUGUACCUGGUGCUCUCUGUGAGAUGCUUAUCCCAGGUCAGACAGAAGCCGGCUUCCAGGAGGUUUUGUUAUUCGGUUCUUCAUUGUGGAAAACUGCAAAACCUGGAGGAAAACCCGUCGAGAUCCGGGACGCUCCACUGGGCAUUAUCCAUGAUGAUGGGUUAUUGCUAACCGGGUCUGAUGGAAAAUACGUCAACGUCAAAAAAGUUAAAUUCAACGGAAGAAUGAAAAAUGCUGCAACUCUUGACCAAAUAACGCAACAAGUUCAAAUAGAGUACACACCUGAAGAAAAGUCAAUGAUAGAAUCAGUUAGAGAUAUCUGGGAAGCAAUUUUAAGUGUUGAUAUCGAAAAUGAUACUGAUUUCUUUGCGUGUGGUGCUGCAUCCAUGGAUGUUGUAAGGCUGGUCGAAGAAGUAAAAGACCUAUUCAAAACCGAGUUGGAAAAUGGAGACGUCUUCAUGGCUCCGACUUUUGAAGAAUUUUGUACAAAUGUAGUAUUGAAGGCACGUGGUGCUAACGCUCCAGUGGAAAUUGAGUACAGAGCUGUAGAAGUAGAGGCAAACAAGAUGAAACUCAAAUUCCCAUGUCAGUUGUUCAUUGAUGGAAAAUUUGUGGAUGCUGAAAAUGGAAAGUCUUUGAAAACUGUGAAUCCAGCGACAGAAGAAGUAAUAUGUGAUGUACAAUGUGCAUCAAAAAGUGACGUAGAUAAAGCAGUAGCUGCUGCCAAAAGAGCUUUCGAGAGUGGAGAAUGGAGUAAAAUCAGCGCAAGAGAAAGAGGACAGUAUUUAUAUAAGUUGGCAGAUCUGAUGCAACAACAUAAAGAAGAACUAGCUACCCUGGAAUCAUUAGAUUCGGGGGCCGUAUAUACGUUAGCACUAAAAACGCAUGUUGGCAUGAGUAUAGAAACAUGGAGAUAUUUUGCUGGCUGGACAGACAAAAUUCAAGGCAGUACAAUACCCGUUUCACAUGCCAGACCAAACAGAAAUCUGUCGUUCACGAAGAAAGAACCCAUUGGUGUUUGUGGUUUAGUAACGCCAUGGAACUAUCCGCUAAUGAUGUUAUCCUGGAAAAUGGCAGCAUGCUUAGCAGCUGGAAACACUGUAGUGAUAAAACCAGCACAAGUUUGCCCUUUAACGGCUCUUAAAUUUGCUGAGCUUUCUUUUAGGGCUGGAAUACCUCCUGGAGUUAUCAACGUAGUGUGUGGCACAGGGUCUGUUGCGGGUCAGGCACUAGCAGAUCACCCAGAUGUCAGAAAACUGGGAUUUACAGGAAGUACAGAAAUAGGAAAAGUCAUCAUGAAAAGUUGUGCCGAAGCUAAUUUGAAGAAAGUCUCAUUAGAAUUAGGAGGAAAAUCUCCAUUAGUUAUAUUCUCUGACUGUGAUAUGGAUAAGGCUGUACGAAUGGGCAUGCAAAGCGUGUUCUUCAACAAAGGUGAAAACUGCAUAGCAGCCGGUCGUAUUUUUGUUGAAGAUAGCAUUCAUGAUGAGUUCGUCAGGAGAGUUGUACAGGAAACGAAAAAGAUACAAAUUGGGGACCCCCUGAAUCGAUCUACAGCUCAUGGACCACAAAAUCAUCUUGCACAUUUAAAAAAAUUGUUGGAGUACGUUGACAUAGGUGUGAAAGAAGGUGCCAAAUUAGAAUAUGGUGGAAAAAGACUGAAUAGGCCUGGAUAUUUUUUGCAACCAACUAUAUUUAGCAAUGUGGAAGAUCACAUGUAUAUAGCUAAAGAAGAAUCAUUCGGACCUAUAAUGAUCAUUAGCAGGUUUAAUAAUGGAGAUAUAGAUGGAGUCCUCAAACGAGCAAAUGCAACGGAGUAUGGUCUAGCAUCGGGAGUUUUCACCAAAGAUAUAUCUAAGGCGAUGAAAUUUGCUGAAAAAGUAGAAGCUGGAACCGUUUUUGUAAACACUUACAAUAAAACGGACGUUGCUGCACCAUUUGGUGGAUUUAAACAGUCUGGCUUUGGAAAAGACCUCGGUCAAGAAGCUCUCAACGAAUACCUCAAGACAAAGUGCGUUACGAUAGAAUACUGACGUAAAUAACUAUUUUAAGUAUACUGUACUGAUGUAAAUAAUUUUAAUUUUUAUUCCAAUAACCGUACUAUAGACAAGUUUUCUACUCUCGAGACAGCAUUUAAGAAUGAUCGGUCUUAUUUCCAGAGCAAAACAAAAUAUUGUAAAAAGUACAGUGACCGGUCGUAGUACGAGGCCGCUUAACUAUAACGUAACUGCGCCUGAUGUUUGAUGUAGUCCCUUAGGUAAGGGAUGUCGAGGUCUCUGUGAAGGGUCUCGUUGGAGACAUACCAUGGUGCCUUAGUGAUGGUUCGCAAGGUUCUGUUCUGCAAAACCUGCAGAUUACGCAUAUGCGUUUCAGCAAUAAAACACCAUGCUGCACAUGCGUAAGUGAUUGCUGGUCUGAUAACCAUCUUGUAUAGCCGAGCUUUGUUAACCAAACUUAAUUUUGAGGUUCUACAUUGUAAAGGGUUGAGUUGGCGAAACGUAAUUUGGAAUUUGGUUUUUAACGCUUCAGUGUGAUUCUGCCAGGUCAACCCCUGUCAAGAGUGACACCGAGAUACUCCGCAGAAUUUCCCCAUGGUAUACGAGCUCCAUUCACUGAAACCUCAGAAGCCGCUGAUGUGCUGUACAACUCUUCAGCUGAAGAAUCUUCCGAAAGAGAAUCUUCUGAGGAAAAAUCACUAAUGGCGGCGCCGGGAUUACUGACGCCGUUGGCCCUAAAAUAUCUCCUGACGGAUCUUACAAUUUGUUGCUCUUCGUCGAGAUCAUUAUCAGGAUCAUAGUUGGGAGAGAAUUGUCGUUCCAUAGCAUCAGCGAAAACCUCGACCUUGUCCUCUGUCCUGAAGACUAUGCCCUCAGGACCGUGGAUGUACGGGAAUUGUUCUUGCUUUCCGUUUCUGAGCGACUUGCCACUAUCCAGAGAGGAGUACUCGAGUCAAGCAUCCCCGCCAGAAAAUCGUUCCACUGCUCAUUGUGGAAUUCAUGGAGAGCAUUUCUUACUUCAUGAACAAGAUUCGUCGAACUGCGAAUGUCAUCAGGAUGACAAGACCUUUUCGCUUGCUUAAUUGCAGCUCUUUUGUCAGAAAUUUUCUGACGAAUGUCUGCAGGGAGAAAAGGUCUGCCGUGUUGUCGUAUAGGAACUUGAUCAAAGUGAGCCUGUUAGUCAAUUGCUUAAAGCAUCAUUUGACAGACCAUAUAUUUUUGAUGUUAGGUUGUUUGAUCCGAAUUGAUGCGAGAAUUCAGUCGAUUCCAAUGAGAGUUGAAAGUUUCCAAGUUCGGUUAAAAAUGGAUUUGACGCAAGAAGAUUAUCGUGCAAUAAUUUUUUACAAUUUCAAGAGUAAAUUAAGGCAACAAGCUUGUACCGCUGAACUUAAUUCUGUGUUCGGAAAAGAAGCUCCAGCUCUGGUAUGCAGAGUUUAAACGCGGACGUACUAGUCUGGAGAAACAUUAUGGUGAAUGCUCACCAAAAACAGCGAUGACUCCAGAAAACAUUGAUGGUGUGUGAAAGUUAAUCAUGGAAGACAGAUAUGUUACAUAUAGGGAGAUUCAGACAACUUCUGGCAUCUCAGGGACUACAAUACAAAAGAUCGUGGGUCAAGAGCCGCGCGUUAGAAAGCUAAUUUUCCGUUGAAUACCUCAUCGUUCCAUUAACGUCCAAAAAGCGGCUCGUGUCGAUUGGUGCCGUAAAACUUUGCGGCGAUUUAACGGAGGGGCUUCUAAUCACGUAUAUGAUAUUGAAAGUGGUGACGAAUCAUGGAUAUACAGCGAUGAAGCCGAAAGUAAUUCUCAAUACGCAGUUUGGGCAUUUCAGGAUGACGUGAAACCAACAAAAGUGAUCACUACAUACUCCAAUUUUGAUGUUGCUAUUUAGAAGUAUGAAUCCUAUGAAUUUGAAUAAUUUCAAAUAGUUGCGUGAAAUUAUCAUCACAUUACCAAAGCCUGCAUUUUGCAUCGUCUUUUGGCUGUAACAUCUUUGCUAUUAGCCGGAUCGUUUGCGUCUGGUCUCAUUUUGUAGGUCUCAUAAAUACCUAAAAAUCUUAUCUGAAGAGUUAUUCGUUCCUGCCAACGCUUUCGAUUGAAUCCCAAAAACUCGUUUUCUCGUUCUUUGUGGUCGUAUAGAAAGUUUUCCCAGAAAUAAUAACUUGCACCAAUACAGAUAUUACUGCUAAAUUUGCUAAUAUGACUGGACUAUCUCCAGGGGAGCGGUAGAAGCUUAUACAGAGGCUAUUGUAAGUACGCCAACUUCAGAGUCGAAUUACAGCUUUAAAGAUUGGUUUGUCCGAAUGAAAAAAUGUAUCGGGUUUAAAGGCGAAUACUUCGAAAAACAAUAGAUAUUCUCUCUUUUGCCUAAGUUGCUUCAUUUAGUUAAAUCCUACUUCAUAAGAAACACGCCUCAUAAUUCGGAGACCGGUCCAAGAUUUAUUCAUCUUGGCCUAAAAGUCUAUGUAGAGUAAAAUAAAGCAGACAUAUAGAGAGUUACACUGUUUUGUUUAUUUACAAUAGUUUAUAUACAUCGUAAUAAGGGGAAAUACAUAUAUUAUACAUUGAACGAUCUAACAAAACUGUGGCUGAAGUUAUUCGAGCUUGUCACAGGUAUCUAAAACGAUCUCUUAAAAUACAAAUAUUUCUUCACCUUCGUCAUUCACUAUGUAAUUAAAUACAUUAGUUUUGUCCACACAGCAGUUGAUGUACAUACAGUUUUGAUAAAUAUGUUAUCAUCCUCUAUUAGAUCUUUAGUCAGUCCCAAUACUGAACGCGUCUCUGUUACUCCAGAUAUUACUUACUUUUAUUGAACACAAUAUUUAUUCAUUUUAUUUACAGUAAUACUUGAAGUUCGAAAUGGUUGAUUUCCGUAUAGUAUGUACGAUGACUUGCAUGUCCACCGUUUUUUCAAUAUGCCCCAAGAUUCUUCAUACUCGGUCAACGAGUCAUCUAUAUAUCUAUCUAUGAGUAUGUAUCACAAUGCACCUAAAUAUACUCCGAUAUAAAAACUUUCUUCAAAUCUGGCACGCUGCCCACACUUUUCUUACAUCUCUCGUAUCUAUCGUAGUAAUCAACGAAUACUGCGCUACCGGUGGAAUCCGGCAGAUACUCCACUGAUUUGAUUUUCGGUCUCGGGUGGCCGUGAUUGAGAUCUGACAACUUCGGGUCCGAUCGUUGAUUCUUCCUAGAGUUGCGUCUGCGUAGACUGUCUUCCAAGGUCAUGAAGGAGUUGGAUCGGUGCAGAACUGGGAGUUUGUUGUUAUUGGUAACUUGAUGGUUGACUUUUUCGCUGACUUCGAUGAAGGCUUGGAAGUUCUCGAGGGAUCUGUGGAGAAAGGAUUUUGUUAUUUAUAGGCUUUUUAAAAAUCCAUGAAUAACUACAGUCUCGACCAAAACUUGUUUGCUGGGUAAACUGGGUACGUAUAGGUUCAAGUUUGGAUUCAUGUUGCUGAACAUUUAUAAAUGUCUUACAGUCGUCAACUACGAGUAUAUGGUUAAGAAUCUGAUGUCAGUUUUUCGCUACAGUUGACAGGGUGCUCCAAAAGCCUUGUUUUCAAACCUCAAAUGAGGAGACAUGACAGAUUUUUAUAUGAUUAUAUUCAGCAUGUACAGUGUACCGAGUUUCAUUCGCUUGUAUCAUCAGAAGACAAAAAUGGGGAAUUUUUGAACGGGAAACUGAAGUGCAGAGACAUAUUAAUGAAAUUUUUGAAAAACUCCUACAUACCUGUAUUAUCGAACAAGUCAGGUGCGUAAAUUAUCUGUUGAUAGAGUUUUUCGCUAAGGUUGACGGGAUACCACGAAAGAACAUUUUAUAACUCAAAUUUGACACCGCGACACGUACUCGAUGACUGCAUGGAAGUGCUUCUGAGAGCGAAUGGGGUACAAAUUUUUAGGAUUUGGCUCCCCUUAGAAAAUAUGCUACCCCCUCUUUAAAAAGUCUUGGAGGCAUAUACGCUUUCACUUAAAGUGAUACCUUGUCGAUGAAUGACCCUCCCCCUGAGAAAAAAUCCUCAAUGUUGCUAUGACUAAUCUCGCGUGGAUGAUGAUCCACAGCAGUACAACAACGACUCCGCCUACAACCAUCAGCUUCAAAUUUUUAACCCCUAGUAUUUUUUUUCUGAAAAUGAUCACGAGCUUCUGAAAUGUCAAAAAACGAAGUUUGAGCGAUUUAUACUUGUUUAUUUUUUCUUUUAGCAAUACCGCUACUGGACCAAUUUUCAACAAACGAAGCUUUCUCAUUAUUGGCAUGGUAGUAGCGUUAUCUACGAUAAAAUUUCUUCAAAAUCGCAGCGGUACUUUCCAAGUUAUAGAUGAUCCAAGGAUUAGCGGAUAAACAGGCAGACAGACAAACCGACCGAAAUAGGUGACAUAAUUCCUCUUGAUGUAGAUGUCAUACAACAACCAAAAAUAUAAU